ACAAAUAUGGCCGCCUCCCUGAACACCUCACACGCUGCAGCUUCAGAGACAGUACUUACUGCUACAGCUAUUCUGAGACUCCAUUAAAGCAGACGUGUAGUGACGGGAUUUAGCACGUGAGAGCAGGAUGGCUACACCGGGGAAAGCCAGCAAAAAGGAGAAAAAGAAACCAGUGCCGGUGAAAACGUCGCUCAACAACCCGUACACCGUAAAGUGGGAGCCAUUAGAAAAGGGGCACGCGCGAAUCGUCCUAAAAACAUUGACGGAGAAAUUCGGUUCGGUCGAUCUCCGGAAACGACACGUGAAAGUUUUUCGUAAGUGGCGAAGUAAAAGAAAGGAAGGUAUGACGGAACAUUCUCGUUCAGCGGACACAGCUGAGUCGACUCAGAAAUCACAAGAGAAAAGCCCCUCGGAUUCGAUUCACACCAAUGAAUCGACUCAGAAGAGAGAGUGCUCGGAUUCGGUUGACACCACCGAAUCGAUUCAGGAGUCACAUGAGAGAGGCUGGACUCAUAAGGAGCUGAGGAACGAGCUCGCCAUCGGCAUCAACGAGGUUACUAAAGGCCUGGAGAAGAACGAGCUCGGCCUGGUGCUGGUGUGUGACUCGGUAAAACCCGCCCACAUGACGAGCCACCUCAUUCCACUGAGUCACACCCGCUUGGUCCCCGCGUGCCAGGUUCCGGGUCUGAGCGCGAGCCUUGCUGAAUCGCUCGGUCUCACCAGCGUGCUCGCGCUCGGCUUCAAACGCCACAGCAGCGCGUUCGCGGAUACGAUAGCAGCCAUCGUGCCUAAGGUGCCGCCGGUGGGCGUGGCCUGGUUGCCUACGGGGACAGGCGUGUCUGGACCGGUAGUAGUCCAGGUGCCAGGAGAAACCGAGCAGCAGCUGGGAGACGCAGAGGAACCGGUGAGGGGGAGAAAAAGAAAGCUGGAGGAUUUCCCUGAAGCUCAAAAAGACCAUGUGACUUUACUGCAACCUCUUAAAGUAAAGAAAGUCAUCCCAAAUCCUGCAAAAAUCCGGAAAACUAAGACGAAAGUGAACAAGUGAUUUGAGUUGAGGAUAGAUUAUUAUUUUUUUGGAGUUUGACAGACUUGAACAAUUUUUUCCCCUCCUGGACAUUCAGGCCUCUUUGAAUCUUAACUUAUUCCCUUGAGACAUUUUCACAUUACCUGACGAUAUUUAAUUUCCCUCCAGAGUGGUGAUGAAAUAGUGAAGGCCAUAUUAUGACAAGAAUGAAUUUAGUCAACUGUGGUAAAAUGUUAAACUGAAAUGAUUAUGUACACAAAUGCAAUUAAAAUCCUGUUAAGAAUAAAGAACAUUCUACAUCA